AUGAAAACCUUCUCCCUCCUAGCCAGAAACUUGCUCGAGGACCCACUACUUCCACUAUUUUGGUGCCUUAGCACUCGAAUCCUGCUGGUGAGACGCCUUCGUCUGGCAAUCCAGAUGGAGUACCCCUCCCAGUACUCCCUCCUCUCUUCCAGUCUGAGGGCUUGGAGCGUGUGGAAGAUAAAAAAGGAGGGGAUUUUUGUGGGCGUGACGUCCCGUGUGAUGAGAAAGACAGGACUUUUGAGUAUCGCUGCUCUUUCUGAUGCAACGAAAGGGAAAACCUUUGCUGACCGCAGCCGUCGACGUAAGCUUGCCACCGAUUUCAUUUCCACUUUGUUUCCUUCUAGUGAAGACGUGAUAAAGUCGCCGCCGGUCCAUCGAGGCAAGUCUCUUCUUACUUCGGAGACAUCUGAUUACGAUUAUCUUAUUGCUAUCUUCCAAGGCAAUAAUCUAUCUUCCAGCGAGGCAAGUCUCCUUACUGUUGGGGCUCGGCACAUUCGACAUCUUAAAAGUGUGGCUGUCAAGCUUCGUGUAAAUGAUAGGGGUCUUCAACAACAUGUCGCUUCUCUGGAAUCCUUGGUGGAAUCUUCUCGCCAAAAAUUGUAG